AUGCUGCUGAAGAACGAGGUGGAGGAGUUCCUGUACCACGAGGCGGAGUUGCUGGAUGACCGGCGAUUCGCCGAGUGGCUGGAGUUGCUCAGCGACGACAUCCGGUACUGGAUGCCGAUGCGGCGCAACGUCAAGUUCGGCGAGUUGGACCGGGAGUUCACCCGCGAGGGCCACGACAUCAACUGGUUCGACGAGGGAAAGUCCACCUUGGAGCGGCGCGUCAGCCAGAUCCUUACAGGGGUGCACUGGGCGGAGGAGCCACUGUCGCGCAUCUGCCAUAUGGUGUCGAAUGUGCAACUGCUGAACGCCACUCCGUCGGCGGAGGAUGCGGCCGAGGUGGAGAUCAAGUGCCGCUUCCUGAUCUACCGGAACCGAGUGGAGACGGAGACGGAUUUCCUGAUCGGCAAGCGGGAGGACGUUCUGCGCCGGGAGGAUGGCGAGUGGAAGAUAGCGCAGCGCAAGGUGAUUCUGGACCAGAACGUGCUGCUGGCCAAGAAACCUGACUUUUUUCUUCUAGGGCGUUCCCCUGCUCAGCAAGCGGAGGGAAUGCAUGAAUUUGCUGUAUCCCAGCUUCCACAGAGGAAAUGGCGGAAGCUGCGGCACUGA